GGGCGGGCGGGCCCGGCUGCCGCCGGGAGCCGCUGCUGGCUGGGCCGGAGCUGGGCGCUCCCCUCAGGAAGUUGUUUUAGAAAGAAAGAAUACACGUAAGAAGCAAGAUGGCUCAUGCCGGGAGACGAUACCAAGAUAAGCAAUACAGGCACCAUGAGAACCAUGGAUCUGAUACAUACGAGGAAGAUAGAAGAGCAAGAAAACCAUACCCAUACAAUGCAAGAUCAACAGAAGACAUCGGAGGUGGCCAGCACUCAAGGACUUCUACUGUUUCGUCAGACCCUUACUCUAAAACCUCAGGAGCAGCACAGGAAUAUUUUGGCCCACCACCAGAGUUUUAUCCUCCCAAGGAAAGCUUCUCAAUGAAGUGUUCAAAGGUAUGCACAACAAGAGGCAUUUUGAAGUUUGUGGAAAUCACGGUUAACCUCCUGGUGCUGAUUUGUGUGGGUGCUGCCCAAGCCUCUGUUGCAGGCUUCACGUCCCUCGGCGGCUUCGGCACGGGAUCCUUUAGCCUGAAUUCGGCCUACAGCCCCUUUGAGGGCACGGAGCUCCAGCAGGUGAGGGAGCUGGACAUGCAGUUCACCCAGAUGAGAGCCCCUUGCGUGUACGGCGGAGUAGCCUUCAGCUUAACAGCAGCAGCACUCACCCUCGUCUUCCUUGUCGUGGGGGCAAAACCCAUCCAGCAGCUCAGGACGGGGCUGCUGGCAGGCGAAUGUGCCUUCAACCUGCUGGCCGGCGUGGCGUACGUCGCAGCCGUCGGCCUCUACCUGCAUUUUGUCAGCCAGGUGAACUCCACAGAAGUUUGCAGGAGGCGCGAGAGGCUGUACGCGCGCCGUGGUUACACCUCCAUGAACUGCGUGGUCCAGGGCGGCGACGCGGCUGUCGGCCUUUUCGGUGUCGCUGCUGCCUGUUUGUAUUUUGCCAGCUUCGUGGUCUGCAUCCGCGCUCUCCGAACCGUGCGGGCCUUCCAGAGGCACGCGGCCAAGGCUCAGCACAGCCCCAAAAGCAGCGUUAGAGACCGAAGCGUCAGACACCACCGCGCCGUCCACGGGACCUCCGAAAGCUCCCGCAACGUCCGGGCUCUUGCCACGUUAGUGUGAAGUCAGCUCUGGGACUGUGUCAGAGCUCUGGAGCUUCACCAAGGGACAGACACUGGGUGUCACGUGCUGAACAGGCAACCAGUCCACAAUGUAUUGUCCUACAAGGCGCUGAGGUGUGUACUGAACCACCAAAUGUAACACUACUGCUGUAGCAUGGUGUAAUAAAAUUGAUGUUG